GGAUCCUAAUCUGAACUACUUGUUCUCUAUAUCUACAUCAUUUAAUAUUAAUGGAAUCAUUUAUGAAGGAGAGAGGAAUCAACCAAUACCACCAGGCAUCACUCCAACUCCUACUAUUGUAUCAAGCACUUCAUCAGUCAUUACUGUUGCAGAUUCAUCAACAAUUUCUUAUUUUACUGAGAAAACUACCAUGACUACUGCAUUGACUACUGCAUUGACUACUGUAUUAGUGAAUAAUGGAGGAAAUACUGGAGUGAUAAUUGGCCUAAGUGUAGCUCUUAUUGUAUUAUUAAUACUGGCUAUGAUAUUUAUAAUUAUUAUACUGGUACUGGUUAUGUACUUAAAAGGAACUAGUAUGAUUAAUCAAAAAAGGCAAAGAAAAUCAAAUAAUGACAUUUUAAUGGAAUGCAGUUCAGCUUAUCGUAUAACUGAAAUUAAAAAAAAUACUACUGAUGAUAUACUAAUGAAGGAUAGUCCAGCUUACAAUGCAGUGCAACAAACACAAUCAACUGAUGAGCCAGUGUAUGAUGCAACUAAUAAUGAAAAUGAGACUCCUCUUCCACCACUUUCUACUGAAUAUGAAAUACCAACAGUUUAAUAAUGUAUUCAUCUUAAGUUAUUUAUGUACAAUGUGUGCUUGUGAUGGAAAAAUGUUUUUAAUGUAGUUGAA